AUGGUAGCUCGCGCACCGGCAGCCCUUUUGGCGCUAGGCCUUUCAGGUGUGCAAUGCAGUACAAACAUGAGCUUUGAGCACCGCCGUCUGCAGGACACGUAUACCUUCUUGACGUCGCAGCUGCACUGCCAAAGUUGUUGCGAGGAGGAGUGGCGGUCAUGCCUUUGCAUGCUGAGCUGCGACAUUUUCCAGGGCGAAUGCGACGGUCUUGCCGAAGUGGAGACGUGCAACGUGGUGAGGGAAUGCUACCGGAGGAUUGACGAUGCUUCCCCGAGAGGCUUCGACUUUGCGUGGCAAUGUCGCUUAAUGAAGUGCAUCUCCUACUGCCUGAGGCACUCGGAGGUGUGCGAGUCCAUUCGCAACGACUUCAUCGUGGAUUGCAACAGGGGCCGUGAGGGCGAGCUGCACGAAUGUGACGUCGUGUGCUCGCGGGCGCGGCCAUCCGCAUUCCUGCCGCUCCCGCUUGCUGCCCUCCUGGUGAUCCUGACCUGGCCCCAUAUCGGCGGCCUGCCUGUGAGUUGGCGGAGCAUCCGGUCCGAUGCUGGGAGCAGAAGAGAGGGCAUCUGCGUCCGAGUUGCCCUGAAAUCACCUCUCUAUGCCGACACCCGGUUUUACGUGCGUGAUAAAGUUGGCAACUGCAGAAUCUUGUUGCAUGCAUGGCUCGUCAUGCGCUGGGGCUGGGCUCACAGGGCCAAAUUAGAGCUCUAG